AUGGAGAAGCUUCGCUCGGAAGGGCUGCCAACAUACGAUGAUGCUACAACAGCACCUGCGCCGCGCUCGUGGUUUCGUCGGCGACAGAAGCGCAAGACAUUCCGUCUCUUGGGGGCAGCGGCUUUGACCUACCUUACUUACACUACUCUUAAAAUCGCUCACAACACAGAACGCCCUAUUAAUAACCUGUCUGUUGCGAAGCUACAACAAGACCAUGCCGCUUGUCCAAGCUUGAGGCAACAGCCUGUGGAGUCAAAUGUACAUCGCGAGCACAACAAGCGUUGGGUCAAUUCGACAAAACCGGUGUUGAUCCGCAAUGCUACUGUGUGGACUGGAGAGCCGGCCGCAGGCACGUCUGAAGAUGAUGCAAGAGCUGGGAAGGGCUGGGGCUGGGUUUCGUCGGAUGUGUUCGUCGACAAAGGCCUCAUCAUUAGCGUUCAGUCACACAUUAAGAAAAAUCAUCUUCCUCGCGACACUGAGAUCUUCGAUGCUAGCGGCCGCCAGUUGACCGCUGGUAUUGUGGAUAUGCAUAGCCAUGCAGGAUUAGAGAGUUUCGGCAGCCUGCAAAGUGAUGUCAACGAGCUGUCAUCAGACAUCACGCCGUACGUGCGGUCUCUCGAUGGUAUCGACCCGCUUCAGCCUGAGUUCGAGUACAUCAAAUCAGGCGGCGUCACUACGUCCCUCUUCCUCCCUGGUAGUGGCAACAACAUUGGCGGUGAAGCCUUCGUCCUCAAGUUUGCAGUCGGUCCAAAGAAUGGUCGCACUGAGAUCAGCCAGCAAGACCUGCUUGCGGAUCCCGACAAGACCUGGCGGUAUCUCAAGAUGGCCUGCGGCGAAAACCCCAAGCGUGUCUAUGGCAAAGUGGGCGAGCGUGGUCCUUUUAGCAGGCUUGGCGAAGCGUGGGAGUUCCGCCACGCGCUGGAACAGGCUCGAGUCUAUGUGCAAGAGCAGGAUGACUGGUGUGCAAAGGCAGACGCUGUUGGGAUUGAUAAAAUGGACACAUAUCUACGACAAGACCUGCAAUGGGAGACCCUUGGUGCAGUGUUGAGAGGACAGGUUCGAGUGAAUACGCACUGCUAUACGAUUCCGGAUUUGGAGGCGCUCGUCCGUCACACCAAUGAGUUCAAGUUCCGAGUAUACGCCUUCCAUCAUGCCCAUCAGACAUACCUCGUACCCGAGGUACUCAAGAGGACGUGGGGCGGCACACCAGCAGCCGCACUCUUUGCUGACAACAUGUAUUACAAAGUCGAGGCAUACACCGCUUCUGAACGGGCUGGCGCCAUCCUUUACGCACACAACAUCACUCCAACCUAUGUUUCAGACAACCCAGUCCUCAAUUCACAGCAUGUCGUAUUUGAGGCGGCGAAAGCAUAUGGCUAUGGCCUGCCCUAUCAUGCCGCUCUAGCCGGCGUCACAUCUGCACCUGCUGAGCUCCUUGGUCUCGGUAACAGAAUCGGAAAGAUCAAACCAGGCUUCGAUGCAGAUAUCGUUGUUUGGGAUUCAGAUCCAUUGACUGCAGGUGCUACACCGGUUCAAGUCUGGAUCGAUGGUGCAAAGCAGUUUCAAGAUCCUAUCGAGCUCAAGAAGCCACUGGUGCCAGCUACCAAACCGAACAAAGAUCUUGCUGAGGAGCAAGUUGCUGACGCUGUUCGUGACACGGUGGUCUUCACAGGCGUGACUCAAGUUCAUGGAAGCUUCAACCCAGCUAAAGUGGACAGCCAUAAAGAGUCCAUCGUGGCGGUUGUCUCUGACGGGAAGCUCUCUUGCGUUGGUAGCUGCACGUCCGAGCUGGCCGAGCUGGAGUCGGCGCAAGCUGCCACUCAGACAAUACAUCUCAAAGACGGUCACCUGACGCCGCCCUUCGUGGCAUUCGGCUCGUCUCUGGGCCUUGCUGAGAUUGACUCUGAAAGCGAUACGCAAGACGGACCCUAUCCUGAAGAGGGUAUCGCCUUGGCAGUUGAUGGUCUCUCGUUUGGCGGCAAGCAACUUGCUCGAGCCUUCGAUCAUGGCGUCACUAGAGCCUUUACAGCCCCCGGCACUGGAGGCAUUGAUUCGAAAGGUGUAAGCGUGGGUUUCAACACUGGCGCAAAGAAUGUUCUGGAAAAUGGAGCCAUUGUCUUUCCAGAGCUUGCCUUGCAUUACCCAUUGACGCUAAGCGCGAAGGGAGGAAAGACGCCUAGCAUAUCGAGCGCCGUUGGUGCACUUCGGACAAAGCUACUUGAAGCAGUCGGCGAUGCGCGAGAUUACGACUUGGAGACGAACAGUACCGAAAGGGCAUGGCUGAAGCGGGUAGUAGCUGGAGAGUCCGCACUCGUUCUCAGCGCACACAGUGCGGACACUAUCGCCUCCAUUGUUCGAAUGAAGUCAAAAGUUGAGUCUGUCACUUCACAGAAACUCCGCAUUGUGGUCAUCGGAGCUGCGGAAGCACAUCUCGUUGCUGAAGAGCUUGCGGCAUCGAACAUUGCCGUUGUUCUCGCACCGCUGCUUCCGCACGCGCAGAGCUGGGACCAACGCCGUGGACUCACAGGCCCGCCACUUACCAAUGUCUCCAUCAACGUAUUACUCGAUGCUGGUGUGCAUCUCGGCGUUGGCGUAGAGGAAACUUGGGAGACAAGAGACCUAGGUCUACUUGCAGGUAUUGCGUAUGCAAACAGCGAGGGCCGGCUGUCUUUCGACGAGGCGCUUGACCUUGUUGGGGCGAAUUUCUACAAGAUCCUUGGUAUACGCGAAGGCAAACCAUCAAGUCACAACGACUGGGUGAUUUGGGAGGGCAGUCCGCUGGCAGUCGGUGGUAGAGUGAAAGCUGUGGGAGGUCUCGGUUCGACCCGCUUGUGGAAGUAA